CUAGAUGCAGCAAAAAGUGGGUUCUACACAAGCAGGAGGAAAACGCCGAGUACACAUUUCGGAGCCCCCAGGGUGGGAAUGAAUUAACCACUUGGGAAGGGGUUCACCACAGUGGAGAUAACCAAGUGGUUCCCGUUCAGGUAGAAGCGAAACUGAACCUCAUGCCGAUUGUACACACAAAUCAGGUGAUGGAAGGCCCCCCAGUGAUUGCGCCCAUGCUGAGCAACUCACCAGGAAAAAAGAAGUCAAUUCUUUUAUCCACACAGAGAGGAAAGCAAGCACUUACCAAACCUAGUAAAAAUGCAAAGACAUCGGGUGAAGAAGAAGAAGAAGCCCACCCUGACAGUGCCACUAACAAACGACAGAAUGAAUCUGCCCCAAAGAAAGGAGCCCCUCUCUCUAAAAGGGGGGUAGAUAUUUCCAGGAGGAAGUUAAGGAGCCUUUCUAGACGUACAGCCCAAUCUGCCAAAAGCAUUCGUCCACAACCGAGUCCCUCCAGGGGGUCACUACAAAAAGGGAUCUCUCCGAGGGGUCCACGCGGCACCGUUGGCAAGACUGUUGGCCAUACUGUUGGCAGGAGUGUUGGCAGCACACACAGCAGAGCUAAGAGGGCUCUUCCAUCUCGUCCUUCUCUGCGAGCUUCCCCCCUGCGGAGUGCCAAACGGAAGAAGCAAAACCGCUGUCACGACCAUCAAGAAGGAGAGAAGCAAAAGGACAACCGGAAAAACGUAAAGGAAUUCAUAAAGGCGUUGAAUAACUCCA